GAUGGGAGAGGAGGAUGAAAUGCUGCUGGGGAGCGUGCACGAAUCGGUAAUGCGCCCAUCCCAGGUGCUUACAGGUCGUGCAGACGAGGUUCUAGGCUACGAUUUCAAUGGUGGCGUCGUCUACGGUGAUCUCCUCGCGUCGAUGGCUCGGACUGGAUUCCAAGCAUCGCUUCUCGGUCGCGCGAUCUCUACUGUCAACGACAUGCUAGAUUGGCGGCUGAGCAUGGAGCCAGUGGCAGAGGAUGCGACGGAGGAAGAGCGAAAGCCCUCUUUUCGAGAGAGUGUGAAGUGUAAGAUCUUUCUGGGCUUCACAUCGAAUCUCAUCUCCUCGGGUGUUCGAGAGAGCAUUCGUUUUCUCGUAGAGCACCGCAUGGUGGAUGUUUUGGUGACCACUGCCGGAGGAAUCGAGGAGGAUUUGAUCAAAUGCCUCUGCCCGACUUAUAUGGGAGACUUUGCAUUGCCUGGUGCUCAGCUUCGCUCCAAAGGAUUGAAUCGCAUCGGGAACUUGCUGGUCCCCAACGAGAAUUACUGCAAGUUUGAAGACUGGGUGGUGCCUGUACUCGAUCAACUUCUCGUCGAGCAGACACAGCAGGGAAUCGUCUGGACGCCAUCAAAAGUGAUCGCGAGACUUGGGAGAGAGAUCAACCAUCCUUCUUCCGUUUGCUACUGGGCUCAAAAGAAUGGUAUUCCAAUCUACUGCCCUGCUCUCACCGACGGCUCUUUAGGUGAUAUGAUUUACUUCCAAUCCUUUCGGAAUCCAGGGCUAGUGAUUGAUAUAGUCCAAGAUAUACGAGGCAUGAACAAUGAGGCUGUUCGUGCGGGCCUCAGUAAGACUGGGAUCAUCGUCCUCGGCGGCGGAGUUCCAAAGCAUCACAUAUGCAACGCCAACAUGAUGAGAAACGGUGCUGAUUUCUCCGUCUUUAUCAACACAGCUCAGGAGUUUGACGGUAGCGACUCUGGUGCCAGGCCGGACGAAGCCAUCUCCUGGGGAAAAAUUCGCGGAGACUCGGAUCCUGUCAAGGUUCACUGCGAUGCAACAAUUGCGUUUCCUUUGCUCGUGGCCGAGACAUUUGCCAAAAGAUUUCACAAUUAGAAGGAAGAUUGAAAAAAAAGGGAGGUAACUCGUUUCUAUCUAACUGGUAAACUUUUAACUCAUGCUCUAGCCUCCCUGGAGCGCUUGGUGACGAAGCCAGCCAGUGCUCGAAGGAAAUUGCCUGUCUCCUCGGUAUCGUAGAUGAAGAAGCCAUGCUUAGCUUUCUCAUA